AGGCGGGACGGCGCCUCGCUGCCCUCCGCUGGGGCGGCGGCGCCACCUUCCUAAGGGGGAUUUUGAGGAAGAGGAGCGGCGUGACCCGCGAGGAGCCGGGGCCGGGCACCCUGUCGCCGCCCCGGUGUGACAGGGACGGGGAGGGGACGGGGGGAGCCCCGCCAGCCUUUCCUCCGCCGGCGGGAAGCGAAAGCGAAAGCGGCCGCGGUGUCGGCGGGGAGCGGAGGAGUUGCGGGGAGCCCGGCUCCGAGCUGCGGACCGCGGCCCUCCGCAGGACCUGUCGCCGUACGGGGAGUGCGGGGCGCAACCGGUUCCCCCACUCCCCCCCCCCCCCCCCGCGGCGACCCGCGUCUGCGACCCCAGAAACGCGUCCGCUCCGGAGCUUUUCCCGUCUGUUUCAAUGGAUUUAACAAGUGCCCCGCUACCUUUGUAUGAUAAUGGUUUUAGCAUGAUAGACACUGACCAUUGUGGCACAUCGAAAGAUGAGAUUGAAGGACUCAAAGAAGAACUGAAGAAAUGGAAGGAAAGAAUUGAAAGAGCUGAAAAAGCAAAUACUCACCUGCUUUGCUGUAAAUUAAGAGCUGAAGAAGAGUGUAUUAAAGCAGAGGAGGAGCUGGUAAAGCUAAAGGACUUUCAAGAGGAACAGCGUAAGGGCAAUAUUAAAUCUAGGAGCAACCGUGAGGCAGAAGUCUUUUUACUAAGCCAAGAAAACGCUGAGUUGAAGAGAGAGAUUGAAAAGCUCAAAGAAGAACUUGCAGAAUGUAACGCAGUGCUUUCGCGGGAUGGUCGGAUUAAGAAAAAGGUAGCGGAAACGAAAGUGAAGUUCAGUCACAUGGAAGACAUGAAGGACGAUUACCAAGAUAUGAAUACUCACUGUGUUUUUGGGGUAACUACGAAAGUCCCAUUCAGACUGAAUCAAAACCAGGCACUGCUUACUUUUGAAGAUGAAGAAGUUGCCCAGAGACUGAUAAAAAUGGGUAAGCAUACUGUGAACCUGGAUAACAAAACAGCAGAUGUGACAGUGAGGCCUUUUACACUUGAAAUGGGAAUCAAAUUUGAGCUCCAUGUCACUAUUUCUGGAAAGGCGAUCAACGUUGCCGAAGUACCUGAGCUGUGCAUUCCCGAAGACUGGAUGAGAGAUAAAUUAGAGCUGAAUUUCUACAAAUCUGAACAGGGAGGAGGAGGAGAAGUAGAAAAUGUGAGCUACGACAAGCACUCUAGAACAGCUGUUAUUACGUUCCUCACACCUGGAGCAGCCAACAGCUUUGUGAGAUGUACUAAAUAUCCUUUCUUUGUAAAUGGAAGCUGCUACAGGCUUUCUGUGUUCCCAAAAACCAACGUACGCUUGGAACAGUUUCAGCUCUACUGUGGGAUUUCUAAGAAGACCAUUCUGUUGAAAGGAAUUCAAGAGAUGGAAGACGAUGAAGAAAGCAUACAGGACAUGAUCGAAAUUCAUUUUCAAAAGCCUAGUAAUAGCGGUGGGGAAAUAGAGAGAAUCAAAUAUGUAUCAAAAGGAGGAGCAUGGGUUUGUUUUGAGGAGGAUACUUAGAAUGCCAUUUAGAAAACUGUAGAUUGAACUCAUGAAAUUCUGAGGUUUUGCUUCAUCAGAGGCAUAGGAAGUUAUGCGGACAUUGUACUUUAAUGUUCUGAAAUUUAUACUUGAAAAAGGGAACUACCUGUCCUUCUGAUUUGGGUAAUGGCACAGACUUUGUAUGGAAAUUCAGCAAAACGCAUGGCGUGGUGUUCCAGAGGCCCCUGAUUAAAGCCAUGAUAAAAGCCUUUACCAGGACUUGAAACUCAAUCAAAGGUUGCUUUCUGCAAGUUUGCAGAUUUUGUAUCUUGCAAAUUUUAGAUAGGUCACAUACUCCACUUUGGUUUGAUCCACAUGAUCAAAUUGGUGUUAAAAUAGAAAAAGGGAAAGGCAGAGUGCAAAACCACCACACUUUAGAAGUGCCAUAGCAGUAACACUGCUUUUAGCCGCCGAAAUGCUGUUACUUCUCCUAGGAUCUGACGCCAAUUCUGCUGAGCUUCUCAUAAGUAAAUAGCCUGGUUUGUUGUUUGGUUUUAAUUUGGUUUUACAAUUACAUUUUUCCUCAUUUUUGUUCACGAUUUUACUUACUUUAAAAUAUUACAGUUAAGAAGUGAGAUGA